GUUCGAGAAAUUGGUGGACUCGCCGGUAGUAGCGAUGCACGUACGGUCGGAUUCUAUUUGGCUAGGAGUUUGAUCCUUGGACGGGAGUACUCUUUUUUGGGGCAUGUUUCGUGUAAAGUUCGCGGUUUGUUUUCUGGUGGACUGACAAGUAAGAUGACGGAGUUCUCGUGGAUCUGCGACCUGCUUCCUGAUGAUUUCUUCUAACUCCCCCGAAAAUGAAAAUGAAAUUUGAGGGAUUCUACAAGAUGAGAGAGAAUACUGGUACCAAGAACUUCACAUUAGUUUUCUUCUGUUAUUGCGUAUCUUCUGUUUAUGCAUCAAGGAACCUCCUGGGAGUAUCGAGUCCUGCGGGGGAUGGAGAAAUCCCCAGCCAAUACCGAUACGUCGAUUCGAAGAAAACGGCCCUUCCGAGGCCUUAUUUCGACGACACUGGCCCUAGGAACGUCAGCGCAGUGGUGGGACAGUCUGCCUUGCUAAACUGUCGCGUGAAAUACCCUGGAGACAGGACGGUUUCUUGGAUGAGAAAGAGGGACCUGCAUAUCCUCACGUCCGGCGUGCACACGUAUACGGGGGACGGUCGUUUCAGCGUUCGUCACUCCACGCACUCCGACGACUGGGACCUCCAAAUCGAGUACGUUCAGAAGAGAGAUGGAGGGGUAUACGAGUGUCAGGUCAACACGGAACCAAAGAUCUAUCUGGCCAUCAUGCUGAACGUUGAUGAUGCGCAGGCUUCAAUCUCCGGCCCACCAGAAAUCUUCGUGAAAAAAGGCAGCACGAUCUCGCUCACGUGCACAGUCAACGUCCAAUCGGCACCGCCAUCCUCGGUCCUCUGGUACCAUGGCCCUUCCGUCGUCGAUUUCGACUCGCCCCGAGGCGGUAUAAGUCUGGAGACCGAGCGGACCGAAUUGGGUACCAAGAGCAGGCUGCUGGUCACCAGGGCCGCGCUGACCGACACGGGGAACUACACGUGCGUGCCUUCGAACGCCAGUCCUGCUUCGACGGCAGUCCACGUACUAAACAGUAAGAGGGGAACAUCCAGCAGCCAUGCAGACAAGCGAAGCUACUCCAACUACUCGCCAGAUGGCGAUACUAGUGUCAGCUUCUCUUCUGGCGGGAUUCCUAACAAGAUGAUCAUCUCUCCAAUGAAACUCAUCAGUUGGCUGGGUGUUAAUGAUCUGCAGUUAGAAGGACGCUCAAACAAUAUUUGGGAAAAAAAUGUUUCUGCAUGAGUUAUAGUAAAGAAAUGGUUCAUGUCCUCCUAUAUGUGUUUCAAACGCGGUCGGAAAUGGAUAGUGGAUACCUUUGCUUCCUUGAUAUACAGGGUGAGCGGUACACCAUGGAUUAUAUACUCUAGCUGGUGAUGAAUAAAUUCAUAACCUAUCAGAAAAUCACAACUUGACCUCAGAAAAAUCCUCAUGGUUUUAGAGAUAUCGAACUUUUCUGAAAACAAAAAUUGAAUUCUUAUUUUCGUAACCAUAACCAUAGGAAACCUUCUUUCACAUAUAACAUCAUACCAUUCCAUUCCUUUCAUUCUUACAUAAAUCAUACAUUGGCUGCUUUCCAUGCUCUUUUCCAUAGACUUUUCA